AUGUCCAGCAUGUUAGACGAUGCCAUGGCCCUACACUCCGGCAAAGAGUGGGUGUAUGAGACCCACACCACCCCCAAAAUGGCUUGGCACUCUCGUGGGGAAAUUUCAGAACCCAUCCUCUUGUCAGACUUCUUGGACAACUCAUGUCGCAACUUGAACGAAGCGAAAGUGACCUCCAUAGCCUUCGAUGUCCACAAGAAUGUGCCAGAAUUUAGCGGUCUUGCUCAGAUUGGGGAGCUUCUGUCACAAGGCAACAUCGCAGAUGUACCCUUUCCACUACGUCUUCAAGGGCCUCUUCCUCCCAAGGCAACCAUGGGCGUCAUCAUCGAAAACCACCAUGAUGGAACAAUGUCUCUGAUCAAAAUUCUGCACUUCGCCAACAAGAUCACUGCUGCUGCCGCCCAGCGCCUGAUCACAGGAGAGGGCUUCGUGCCUGUGUCACGCCCUGGGCCAUGGGCGCAUCGCAAAGCUGUCCAGUCCUUACUGGAUCGUCUUCCCGGCUUUCGCGUGAUGUGGGCGAGCCUGACAAAAAAGGCUCCUCUCCAAAGGGCUCAGUCUUCUCAGUGGGCACCUGAUGACGAGGCGCUUAAGGAGGGCAUCUUGUUCAUCAAUGCCAAUGCACCAGAAUGUGACUCGCAGAAUGAACAGACCUAUUGGAUCCUAUGUUCCAUCAAGGAGGGCUCUGGCACACCAGUUUCUGGGUGGCCAGAAGCAAAGGUCAGAUUCAGGGCGCAAAACAAAAGCCGUGGCCUGGCCGGAGCGCAGCCUGAGACUGACUUCCCCCUCACCAUGUUCAGCUUGAAGCCCUUCAUGUCUGAUGUUCUUUUGCCAAUGGUUAUGCCGAUGUUGCUGACUUAUGGCAUCAUGAUGGUGGGCUUACCAGGCGUCGGCAAGACACCCUGUUUGAUCACCCUUGCCAUGGCAAUUGGACGUUACCACGUCCGGCGUCUCUCUUUGACAGCCUCGCCGGGCUGGCGUCGAGCCAAAUCUCUCGACAACUUCAGGCAUCGAGUCCCCCAGGUACAAGAGGCCGUCUUUCUCGAUGAUCCUUCCAGGGACAAGAUCGAUCUAGCCGACAUGAAAUCGUUCCUUACUGCGGAUGAAGACCAGACUUGCUCAGGCAGGUACAAUGAUGUCAGGCUGGUCAGAAAUGGCAUGAGGGCAUAUGCUUCCAACGACAUCGGUGAGGGGGAUGAGCCUGAGGACACCUACCGCAGUGACAUCGAGCCCGACGAGUUCUUCAAGUUGCUCCGCAAAACAUUUCCAGAGUCCAAGCAAGCAGACGUGCUGGCAGUGCUUAAGCGGACAAUUGUCAUGGUCUUCGGGCAGAAUGGUCUCUACUUGCGCUUCCCGUCCCCCAACUAUGGUGCCCUUGUCCAUCGCAUUGUGGCAGACGAUGUUCACAAAGAUCUCCUUGCCACCAAGGACAAGCCUGUGUAUGCUGCGUAUAAGCUGGGUGAUAUGGUGAAGGGAAGCUACUAUGAGAGCGAGGUGGAGAAGGAGCAGAAGAUCAUCGAUGAAGGCAUGAUGAAGCUACAGCAGGCAGGCCGAGCACAAGACUAUGUGGAGAGAUGCAACAAAGAUCUCAAAGAAGCUCUCAAGCAGGUGGCCCGCAUCCCAGAGAGCUCCUUUGUGCCAACUUCUCAGUCUUCAGAGGACCCGCCUCUCCUGCCGCCGGUGCCUCUCAACAUCGGCUGCAACGCGCCAAAGCGCUUGCGAGAGGGCGACUUCAUCUACCCAGACUCCAAGCCGGACAAGGGCCUCCGGCACAAAACGAGCUUGCUCAUCUCUUGCGGGGGAGGAGCAGCCUCAUCUGUUGCCUCUGGUGAUCCACAACCGCAAAAUGCCGACCAAUGUGCAGAGCCUGAAGAGCUUCUGGCUGCAGCAGAAACAGCCGACAUGGAGGACACUGCUGCAGACGAGGCGGCAGUUCUCUUCAUGAUCCUCAUUGGUGCUUCCCACACCCAGAUCAGGUUGGCCUUGGGUGUGAAUCACAAGCUCAUUGAAAAAAUGAGAUCCAGCCUAGCGCAUACCAGGCAGCUCUUUGUCGAGCAGGAGGAGAAGAAGAUCUCAUUUGGUGGCAAGAAGCAGUGGCAGGAUGUGGAAGCUGAUGAGUGCGCCUUUGACAAAGCAGAUAUGACCAAGGACGUCGCGUACAAGGAGGCGGUCAAGGCAGGCAAGCCCAUCCUGUGGGAGCAAUGGAGUGGCAUGAUGGCCCGCGGCAAGCCAUCUACACUCAUCAUGUCACGCCUUAGCCCAGCCUUGACGGUGCGGAGAGCUCCGGGGCCGGGGGCAAUCCGCAAAAUUGACUGGGCCCCGUUAGCCAAGAAGCACUUGCAGGGCCGCCAUGUCAUCCUGCAUACGGACUCGGCAAAGUCCUACAAGGCCAAGGUGGAUGGCGUGCACCAUGACUCAGUUGUCCACUGCAAGAAGCUGAUCACACUCAAGAAUGGGAAAAAGAAAUGGAGCUCCCCGCAAUACGUGCGAGUGGUGACUCACAGGUGGCCCUGCACGGUGAGCAGGCGCUGGACGGCCGCCCGGUCCCCCGAGCGCACCGACUGGAACAAGGUCUUCUCCUCCGCCUGGUUGAAGAUGCCUCAGUCAGAUGGGGAGCUCUCGAUCUCCUUCCGCACCUCCUCGCUGCUGCAGAAGUCCUUCCACGCGACUCUGGCGCGGUCCGUCUUGUCCAACAUGAGCAUUCCUGAUGCCAGGCCCCUGGGGCUGUCAAUUGCCACGUAG